UACUGUAUAUUACGAAAAUAACCUAAUGGAAACCGAACUUAGUAAAUUAAAAAUCUCAGAUAAUCAUAAAAAUUGUUCGUAUUGUAACAAACCCUUUACUGAAGAAUUAUGGUGUAAAGAAUGUGACUCAUUUAGAAUAAUGGAAGGAUGGACCAGUGAAUAUUCUGUUAUUGAUAAGUUUAUAAAAGAUACAAUAUUUAUAGAUAUAAAAGUAAUUGGAUUUGCCAAAGUAUAUUCUGCAACUUGGAUUGAUGGUAAAUUAACAUAUGAAUAUAUUAAUGGAAGUUGGAAAAAAGAAGAACCUGAAUCUAUAAAACUUAAAAUACAUUUGGAAAUUUGUAAUAAAAAUGGAUUAAGAUUUUAUGGAUUAACUAAAUACCCAGAAACUAAAGAAUUUAUGAUGAUUAUGGAUUUUGCUGAUAAAGGAAGUUUGAAAAGUAGUCUUUCAAAUAACUUUAACAGCACUAUGUGGAAAAAUAAAAUUAAGUGUUUAUUUUAUAUAUUAUGUGACUUAAAUUCAUUGCAUAAAUUAGGAUAUUGUCAUAAAGAUUUUCAUAGUGGGAAUAUUUUACAAAUUAAUGAUCGUUAUAGUGUCAUUUCGGACUUUGGAUUAUCAGGACCAGCAAAUGAACAAAAAUCAGAUGAUAAAGUAGUAUAUGGAGUAACGUCAUAAUUGCACCAGAAGUCUUAAACGGAAAAUCAUAUACAUCAUCAUCCGAUAUUUAUACUAUAGGUGUAAUUAUGGCCGAAUUAUCAUCAGGAAGACCACCUUUUUACAAUAAUAAGCAUGAUU